UGGCAACAUUGUGUGCGCGGCCCUGUUCAAUCUCGGCUGGCCGUCUGUCCAGUUCGGAACCAGUCAAGAGCUGAGUCAAUUACGAAGCGACCACUGAACAGAGAAGGUGUGUUGCCUCCGUUGCUGGCUGUGUUUUCGGUUUCGACGGUGCUAGGAGAAAACAUCAACCUUGUUUCGCGAUCGCGCGCGUCGUGAUCCAGUUUGCAGUCGUUACAGUGCUCCCUUUAUUGCAUAAAGGCCCACCAAAAAAAAGUGCGAAUCUAGUGAGUGAGUGAUUUGUUUGCAAGAUUCGACAAGCAGUUGAUUGUCGAGAGUAAUAAAAAGCAAAAAGCGGAUGUGAAAUCGGUGGAUUUGUGUCACCAACACAAAAGAAGUGUAAAUUUUACCAUCAACGAACGACGGCGACUGUGUAAACCUGCGCGGUUUGGCGGUGCUUGAGCAACGGAAGUCAGGAGAUACGGGUACGCGGUGAAGCUGUCAGUCGGCCGACCGAAAGCGAAAAAAAAAUCCGUUUCGUGAAAGUAAUCAUCAUUCAGCGACCAACAGCAACAGCGGCAAUAACAGUUGUGAAGCAAAAAAAAAGAGACUUUGAAGUUCAUCGUUCGUCAUCGUACGCAGCAGCAGUGGCGGCCGCAACGAUGGAUCGAUUCUUACGGUUCUUCAUUAAGUUUCAUGGUUAUGCUAUCGCUAUGGUCAGCAUCUUGUUCGCCCUAGUGAGCGUACUCUUCACCAGACUGAAUUACCAUUAUCCGUUAGAGGAGUGGUACAAUUUUCGCUUCUCCGGCAUACCGAUGCUGAUACUGGGGUCCGCCUGGCUGAUGGCUAGCGUCAUUCUCAUAAUUGGAGUAUUUAAGGAAUGCGUCCGACUGAUCUACCCGUACGGAGUUGUGUUUGUCCUGGAACUGACGACACUGAUACUCCGGGAUGUUUAUCUGCUGGUAGCCGGCAAGGAUUGGGGCGAAAUGGUGUUCAUCAACAUUAGUGUCGUGCUGCUGCUCUUUAUCAUUCCGUACAUCGCACUGAGUCUGCUCGCCCUGCUCAAGCUGUUCGAAGUGGAUCCGAUCCUACCGAAGAGCCGCUCCGAUAACUUCGUGCGAUUUGACAACACUCAAACCAACACGGAAGCAUAGGCGGUACCGUUUUUCCCAACCAGCCUCCCCCCGGCAAGGUGCAAAGGUGGCAGUGCCAGCAGCGCAUAUAUCUUCAAGUGAUGGCACAAGUCCCCUCCUCUCCUCACCCCGAAGGCUGAAGCGGUGCCGAAAAUGAAAACUUUUAAUCGUUUUUUUUUUUAAUAUAUAAGACCUGGUGUAAUGGUAAAUUUCUAAUGUUUCUUCUUCGCUAUUUUUUCCUCGUGAAAAAAAUUAACUCGGGAGCCUAUUCGAGUCUGUGGCUGUACGCUCCUCUCUAGUUGUAAGAGGAAUCGUUGCUCGUUCCACGAUUUUUUUUAUUAACACGCAACACGCCGGUGCUAUUUUUACUCGACUGAUUAUUACUAUACACUAUAAACGUAUACUAACGAACUAAGUUUUAGCUUUACCCUAACUGUACUCAACAAACAUCUUUUAACCGUCGCAUAUUUGGUCUAGCGUUGCUCGAAACAUUGACAAUAGUUAAGGCGAUAUUUAUUAUGUCUGGCAAUAAAUGAUGUUUAUUUGUUAAGUUUUAAUCGUCAGCAGUAUCAAAUUUUCGUUUUGUAAUCAUACGUCCGGAUUAAAUUAUCUAGUAGUACAAGAA